UAUAUAAUAUUUUGUGGAAAAUUUCAAUGGAUUGUGUAUUUAAAAAAGUUUACAUUUUAUCAUGGUACACAAAUGUGACAUAUUCUUUUAAAAAGGAGUGGUUACCCACGGUUAUGGAGAGAAGUGAAAAAGCCAUCACAUGUAACACUGGAAGAUAAUUUGAUGAAAAACAUUCCUGGAUGACAUCAGAUUCUUACUAAGGAGAAAAAUAAAAUUGUACUGACAUUUUUUUGGAACAGUUAGCUCAUUCUCAACAAAUGUUAUUGAUGAUAAAAUGGUGGUCAAGGUCGAAACUGACUUCUCACAAUUUUGCAGUUCAGGAAUUAUGGUCCUUGAUAGCAAAGCAAAAUACUAACAUGCACGGAGUCUGCAUAAAAGAAAUUUGAAAUAUGUCGAUAGAUGCACAAACCCGAUACGCUCGUUCCUCAAUGUUGAUUACUGAUGUAUUUCCUGAAAUAUUACGACAGUUUAUCACCGUGCAGCACAAUAACAUGCCAGCACAGGCUCUUGAGAGAAUGGUUUCUAGAGAUAAAGAAUUUCGUAAUACACUGGACGCAGAUGAAAGAAAGAUGAUUCAGUCGUUGCAAUCUGGCAACUACGACGAAAUUGACUUUAGUCUGUUGUACAAACUUAUAAGAUAUUUCAAAUUAGUCGACGAACCUACAAAAAGCUGGGGUAAUACCCCAGAUACAGAUGACGUUAAUGUCGGAGAUGAUACUGAAAGACUGCGGAGGUAUAGAAAUAAAAUCACACACAAAACUAGGGCAGAUAUGACUGAAAUAGAGCUAAACAAGUUGUUCUCAGAUGUAACAGACAUUGGAAAAAGAGCAGAUAAAUAUCUUCAAAAACAGAUCUUUGAAAAAGAAAUCGAGAAACUUCGAAAGUGCUCUAUGGACGAAGACAUCAAGGAGAAAUACAUAAAACUUCUUGAAAAGUAUCUCGAUUUACAAGAGAUGUACAAAACAAACAAAACCAAUUGCAAAAUAUAUCUCGGGAAAACGAUAAUCAAACGACUAGAAGAUGGGACACUUGAACAAGAUGAAACAGAAUGUAUGUUAUACUUAAGAAAAGUGAAAAAUGAGACUGAUGCUGUUCAUAGAAUAAACGCUAUCAAAGACGAAUUGAACAAAGGAAAUUAUAAGGUAGUGUUACUAAAAGUUGAAGAAAGCAGCGUUCUGUUGAAAUUAAGCGUACACAAAACAGCAUUUUCAAGCAAAGAUCAGUUUGAGAAUGAGAUAUUAUCGUUCUUAGAGAGGCUUUUUGGUUAUAAAGAAGUGGUUGAGUUGCUGGAGAAAGAGGCAGAGUUUCUGAUAUCAAUGUCAGAUUACAACAUCCCAUGCAAUAAAAGAGAACUGGUGGAUGCUAAAAGCAAAUUAGAAUUUGAUCCAAAGUCACAAAACUGGUUAAAAUUGAACUUGCAGAUGACCGAUACAGACAACGAUACCGAACGUGUGAAAAACAACCUAAAACAGUUUCUGGAUAACUUAACCAUGCUUGAUUCGGAGAUAUUGGAUUCAAAUGUGGACGUCGUUCUCGAAACUACUGAGAAUGCUGGUAAAUAACAGGUCGUCCUUAUUAUUUGACAUUACGUAAAGAAAUUAAACUAAGCAUAGCAACCGAUUUCAUGGACGGCAUUUUGUUAAACAAUCAGCUACUAUUUACCGACUUCAAAGAUAAAAGAUUAAUUAUAUUUGACAUAGAUGGUAAAUUCAUCAGAGAAAUAAUACUACAUAACAGACCAGAAAGCAUUGCCGUUGUAAGGUGUAUGGACAAUACGAUUGCCUUGACCUUUCCUGAAGACAAACAAAUUGCAAUUAUGGACGUCACAUCCACCGAAACUUUAAAAAUGAUAAAAGUAAGCGGAAAAUGUUGGGGAAUAUCUUAUAAUAAAAAUUUCCUUUACGUUGCAAUAGAAAAUAUGAUAGAAGUACUAUUUGUUGGCGAUUCAUUUGAACCAAGAGUAGAAAAACAAAAGUUUUCAUUACCAACAAAAAAGGCAAAAGCUGCAUUACGACAAGAGGAGAUAAUUUAUUCUGUGCAGACGAAAGCAAUCAUACCAUAUUCUGCUGUGAUCUCACUGGAAAGGUUAUAUGGCGAUUUAAUGAUGCAAUAUUGAGGUGUCCGAAAAGUAUGACAACAGAUACCAAUAGAAAUCUUUACGUGCUAGGUUACUAUUCAAAAAAUGUUAUUUUAGUGUCCCAUGAUAAGAGGUCUCAUGUUCAAGUUCUAAAAGAAGCAGACGGACUUAAAAAUCCUCGUGAAAUUUAUUAUGAUGACUCAGGCAAUGGACUUCUUGUCUGUACGGCCGAACAUGCUCUGUAUUUUGACAUUGUGAAACAUUUGGAGACAAAGUAGUUGAACAUCACCAUGACAAUGAUAUUUUCGUUGUGACAGAGAACAAUAAGUGUGCACCGUGUAUUGAAGUACGUAUCCAAACAUUCGCUAUCAUCCUUGACUCCUUGUAGUUUCGUUGAGUGUGACCCACAGGAUACCAAAAGUCAAAAAGCAAUUUCUUAACUCUCUGUAGUACCCGAGUGUUCCAUUUUGAAUUUGAAAAAUCGGAACAAUCACUCCUUUGUCCUCGGUCUUAUACCGAAUGUAGCCAUCUUCUCCACUACGAUGAAAUCUAUAUAAUAAAGAAGUUCUACUGUCAGAAUUUAUAACGUAUUUUAAGAUCAUAAAUGACUGCAAUAUAAGUAUUUUAAACACAAAACCAAAGUUUAUUUGCUUAUUUGAUAAUUAAAAUGUAAAAAAUGCUGUAAGUUUUCAAAACAAUAAAUAUAAAGCUUCCAUGCAGUUGAAGAUAUAGACAACCAAUCGUGCAGUGUUUGUGAAACUUUUUUUGGUCAUCAAACACAGGGAUACAUCUUAACCAGAGUCCUGUAGUUGUCAUUUUACAAAGAUUAGUUGAUUCAAGCAUUAUCUAGACAUAAGUUUCUUAGUGAAAAGUUUAUUUCCUUGAAUCAAAAUAUCAUUAGUAAAAAUUCUAUUCGGCUACUGUCAGUAAAAAGGUCGGUGCGUUUACACUAGUACAGAUCUGAGAGUACUCGCAGUUACUGACACCUAGUUCAAAGCCAAUAACAACUAAUAAAAAAAAUCAUACAUCUAAGACUAAAAUAUCAAUCAGUACACAUCCAAUGGAUUUAGUAUAAAAAAUAUUAAAAGUCAGAGAAAACAUGACCUUGUGCCAUGCCAAAAGUAUAGGCACCGACAGAUUUUAGUACCGUUUGUUACGAUCCACAAUAAAACCUCGCGUCUGAUUUAAGACAUACAUCUCUUUAAAGAUCUUUUAGUUUAGUUAUAAAUCAACUGUUCUUGUCUUUUUAGAUGGCAACAUAUCAUUUGAAAGAUACAAAUUAUUCUUUACCUACUAAGUAGUUUUGACAGCUUUGUACAUUUGCUAACGCACAACCUAUCUAUCACUUAUUAUCAAUAGUUCAAAACGUGUCGAUAUACACAAGAACCUAAUAAUUGGGAAAAAAAUGUUUUUAAAAAAAUCAUCUCCAUAAUAAACUUUUUUGUUGUCUUGAA